AUGACGAAGAGGCUGAAAAUCAUGAUUGGCCCUAAUCGGGAAGAGAUGGAAAUUGCUCAUGUCAACGAUUCAAGCCAGCCGACCAUCAUCAACUCCGAAUACUUUGUCGGUCGGGUCCUCAUCAAAAUCAGGGACUUUGAAGGCAUCACUGCCGAUGGCUCUCCCCCCAUCCGCAAUCAUGUCUACUUUGAUGGUCGCAGCAGAAAGUUUGAUAUCCAGAUCGAAGGUCGAUUUAAGAAACGCGAAGGAGUUGAACUUUACUCUGGCGAGGAAAUCCACUUUGGCAGUGAUUUUGAUCACAUCGUAGAUUUUCCAAAGAGCGCAUUCAAUGCUGGGAUGCGAGUUGCCAGAUGGAUCGACCCCAACGUAUUUUAUGACCUUACACCUCCAAGCGAAAGACCAUUCAUCAUGAGUCCCUACCUGGCUUGCAUGAACACACUCUGUGCUUGGCCAUGCCCAGAUCGACUGAGUGAUGCGCUAGUCUGUCUACGCCAAUCCGACCGUGAAGAUGACCAGUAUCUCAACAGUGAAGCGGACGAUAUGGUGCCCAUGGAACAAGUUGAUCCGGCUGAGGUCGGCGCCACGGCUGGAAAGAAGAAGAUCGGUCGUCAUCCCCGCCGAUACUGGCGCUUCAUCGGCUUGAAAUCUGAUCAUGGUCGAAUCGACGCAUUUAUCGCCAAGAACAGCCAUUUGUUAGUACAACCAAUUGAAGACUCCGUAGAGCCUGCAGGUCAGCCCAAUCCAGACAGUGAUAGCAUGACAACUGGGCAGACCACCGAUAACGAAGAUGAGGAAUUUGACGACGCCGAUGCAUUCUCUUGUCGAGCUCCAUCUUCUCAUGCCACCUAUUCAACUGCCGUCGAAGGAGUUGGUGACAACAGGCCUGCGAUCAAUUCUGGUUCAUCUUAUCGCUUUUCACCCCGUCGUAUCUUCCCUCGUCAUCAGAUCAGCCUUGGUGCCGGUAUGCGGGAUCUCUACCAGGAUGCUGAAAUUGAAGCGAAUGAGCGGGAAGGCGAGGCGCAAGCCCAACGAAUGAUUGAGAUGAUGGGAGAAGAUGACACGAUGCCCUCGAAACGUCCCUCCCCUGGGCCAGAGCUCUCGCCUACACCUAAUGGGCAGGAGAGCGAUGAGGCACUGAAGAAAAGUAGUAACAAAGUCAAACACGGCUUGAAGAAACUCAAGAUUGCGUUCAAGAAGAUAACCCCUAACCUAUCUUCAGCUUCCACAUCUACUCCAAGUCCUUCCAGCAAUACUCCCAGCAAACGCAAGUCGUAUUCGACCGCAUUUUCUAGCAAGGCCCGGUGUGAUAAUGUGGUCAGUCCGGCACCAAGUACGGUUUCGCGUGCGGCUUCCAGGACCCUACCCGGUCCUCAUCUGCGCGAUAGCUCACCGACUUUGAGAAACGAUUCUCGCUCGGCUGAAACUGUGAAAAAUCUCGCACGAAGCUCUUCACUGAUGCCGCGACCUCAAUCACACUACCCCCUGUCCAGUGUUCCCCCGUCAAUUCAAGCAGAGCAAUACGCCAAGACUCGGAGUACCUCGCUAGAUCAAACUCGCUCACCCGAUUUUGCUGCUACGAUGGGAGCGCUUAAGAUGCAGAGUACCGAAUCCAGCCUGUUUACUAUUCACCAGGCGGCCGCCAGCACCGUUGAAAACUCGAGCCCUCCGCAAGGGUCGUCCAGGUUAUCCAUUGUAAAGAGUGACAAGGAAGAUUCUACCAGAUUAUCAUCUUCUUCCACCAGCCACUCGCGAUCAAAUCGGACUAGCGCCACCUCAAGAAGCCCGGUUUGCAGCGAUGUGGAUGAAGAACCGGAUGCAGAACUUCCCAAACCCAAAGAAAGUCGGUUUACAGAACUCUCAGACUACAGUCAAGCUAAGGAUCAAGCGACCGCCGACUCCCCAGCUCAGAUCAGCGGCCAGAGGCAGACAAGUAGCCCCACAGCCAUCAACAGCGAAGUUGGAGGCUCGCCUAGGCCAGGCUCGAGUGUUAACCACACUCCAGUUUCUAGAUCACGUACGUCUCUCUUGGAAUCAGAAAAGAGAAACACAACACCAGAGGGAUCGGCCAGCAAUUCCGCCGCCCCCACUGUCAACCAGGCACCUUCAACCCCGAUAUCAAAAUCUUUGACCCAAACGAGCACCGCCCCAAGUCAGGCCGAAAUUGAUGAGGCGCCAGAACUCGAAGACGUCGAAGUCGGCGAUCUCAUGUUCGCUAAUAUGCUCAACCUGGCUGGCGAAUCGCCUCAGAGCCAUGAUCCUGUUCAGGAACAAUUAGGCCCCUGGAGGUUCAAGAAUCCGACCACUGAUAUCCUCGAGGAUAAUACAUUUGUUUUCCUUGAUAAGAGUGUGAACGUACAGAAACGACGGAAACACUUUUCUGAGAAUGGAGGGAAAUUUCGAAAGGCCUUCACAUAUGACCCUGAUGUGGUCUAUGCCACUUCUUUCUUUUCUCCCUUCAUGGACUUCAACACCUUCGACCUCGCUAUUGGUCCUGUCAAGAUCAACGUUGCUAAAGUCUUUGGAGACAUGCCUGUUAGAUAUACUCUCCGAUCCACUCGAAUCGAUGCGCGUAACAACGUGGAGGAAGAGAUCUUUGUCACUAUCUCCUUCGAACUGGUCGAUGCUUAG